AUGCUGGACGCUUUCUAUGGUUAUUUCUUUGGCAGUGAGGAUGUUAAUAGCAGUAACACAAAAGAGAAUGUUACCGUGCUGACGAAUUCCACCGAAUUGGUUGUUUGUACAUUACCAAGUGCAAGUUCGGAAACUAAAGAUGACGACUGGAUUUUGGUUGAUGGGCAAUUAUCUUCUGGUCGUUCGACACCUGUAAUUAUUCCGGAACCGGAUUUGAUAGCAAUUGAUGAUGAACUUUCAACGGUGGUUACGGAAUCUUCACGAUCAUUAUCACCUGCAUCGACUCCUCCACGUAAUGACGUGCUGUUACAGGAACGUGUUAGAUGCGAUUGUACAUGUGAUUUGAGUCGAGGAUCACGCAACGGAAUAUCGGGCAGACAUGUCGAACGAAUGCGUCAGGCAAAGCAGAAGGCUAUUGAAAGAAAGGAGUUGGAGCGGAAGCUUUUCGAGAAUCAUCUGCUUGGAAUAAGUAGUGACGCAGACAAAAAACAUGCAAACAAUACUAUCAACAACACUACCAAUAAUAAAACAUUGAACAUGCUGAAUAAUGCUGCUAAAAUGAAGAGAUCCACCGCUGCUGGGCAUUUUGCAACGGAUUCAAAAACGAAAUCGCGCUCAAAGAAGACCAGUCGUUUGCUAGCUGGCCGUAACAACGACCGCAAAGUGAACACUUUGAAUUAA